AUGAUAUCAGUCUCGGGGUUCUUACAAGCAGAACACAAGACAAACUUGGCAAUAAAUACAUCCAGGAGAUCCUGGAGCUUAGGAGCAUCGUGGGCUCCAUUGACAAUGUAUCUGUCCGAGGCUUCAGAAAUCGAUGUUUGGGCACCCAAUUCAAAACCAAAGAACUUGAUCACGUAUGAAGGAGGUCGCGACAAUGCUCUAGCCACAUCCGAAGUGUUGACCACGGCUGUACGAAUACCGUUACCUCUGCCCUCGAUCUUGGAAAUCAGCAGAGGCAUCUUGUACCGGUAA